AUAUUUAUUUAUGCAAAAGUUAAAAGCGUAUAUUUUUAUCUACCAGCAAAUCUGAAUAAACAACAAAAGUAAUUUACUAUUGAAAACUAUUCACAUGAAAAUAUGAGAAGAAGAAUAAUUUAAAUAACAGUGCAAUCAGUUGUUGUUAUCAAUUCUUUGCUGGAUCUUAGGGGAGGAAAUACACGUGCCGGAGUAUUGAAUCCAAGCGAUUGUUAUCGAGUUCAGAGGUUGGAUUCAUUGAAAUGCGGCAAUGCUAAUGAACAAAAUCAGUGGAGGAAGGCAAAGACUGCGCAGUGUAGAAGGCGACAGUAUAGGGCGAGGUUCGUGUACUAAGCGACAGUAUCGGGCGAGGUUCAUGUACUAGGCGACAGUAUCGGGCGCGGUUCGUGUACUAGGCGACAGUAUCGGGCGAGCAUUGGGCAGUAGGCGACAGUUUCGGCGAGCUACGUGCAGUAGGCGACAGUAUCGGGCUAGGUUUGCGCAGCCAGGAUCAUGUAUCAGGCAGAUGAAGGCAUCACUGGCUUACAGAAGAACAAAUUCGAAUCAUCGAUCAGUGAACUCAAGAAGAAGACCUUUGUAACCGCGGCAGAUAUAGAGAGCUAUGGCGAUAGUGGAGUGACAAAGGAAUAUGUACUAGCUCACCGCAGAUCCCUGGAGGACCCUGAGGGAUUUUGGGCGGAAGUGGGACAUGAGCUGGUCUGGACCAAGCCAUGGGACCGCGUUCUAGACAACACCAACCCACCUUUCACCAAAUGGUGGGUCGGCGGAGAGAUGUCGGUGUGUUACAACGCAGUGGACCGGCACGUGUUGGCGGGGCGCGGGGAACAACUCGCGCUCGUCCAUGACUCACCGCUUACCGAUACCGUACGACGGAUCACCUAUGCUGAGCUGUUGGAUCAGGUGUCGAGGCUGGCUGGCAAGUUGCGGUCAUUGGGUGUGGAGCGCGGCAGCCGUGUGCUCAUUUACAUGCCCCUCAUUCCGGAGGCGGUGAUCGCAAUGCUGGCUACUAUUAGAAUCGGAGCCAUACACUCCGUUGUCUUCGGAGGUUUUGCGGCGCGUGAGCUCAGAACUCGUAUAGAGCAUGCCGAGCCAACAGUCAUCAUAGCCGCAAGUUGUGGCGUUGAGCCUAACAAAAUAGUAAGAUACAAAGAUAUCUUGGACGAGGCACUAUGCCAGAGCUCUCACCAGCCGCGCGCCUGUGUCGUCUACCAACGACGGCGAGUACUCGAGUGUUCUUUGGAGUCCGGCCGCGAUGUCUGCUGGGACAGUGCUAUGGAUGCUGAACCUGCGCCCUGCGUAUCUCUAGAAGCUAAUGAGCCCUUGUACAUAUUGUAUACUUCAGGUACAACCGAUGACCCUAAAGGGAUACAGCGACCUAUCGGCCACGCGGCUACUCUAUGCUGGACAAUGCACGCGGUCUACGGCCUCAGCAAGGGCGUGUGCUGGACCGCCUCUGACCUCGGCUGGGUGGUCGGACACUCUUACAUCUGCUACGGACCUCUGCUCGCCGGUCUUACCUCUGUACUGUAUGAAGGCAAACCUGACAGAACGCCUGAUCCGGGACAGUAUUUUAGGAUAAUAGAACAGCAUCGUGUGAAUGCGUUAUUCACUAUUCCGACUGCAUUCCGCGUGCUGAAGCGAGUGGACCCCAAUGCCAAGUACUCGCGUCGCUACUGCAGCAAGACUUUGAAGACAGUCUUCAUUGCUGGAGAACACUGCGAUCAGGAUACUAGGAUAUGGGCUGAGAGAAUCCUAAACGUUCCGGUACUGAACCAUUGGUGGCAGACGGAGACCGGCUCACCCAUCACUGCCGCCUGCCUUGGCUACGGCGUGCAAUGUGUGCCCCCGCACUCCGCUGGAUAUCCGGUGCCCGGAUAUGACGUGCGUGCUCUGCGCGAGGACGGCACGGAAUGCCACCGCGGCGAGGUGGGCCGAUUGGCGCUCAAGUUGCCGCUGCCUCCCGGCUUCGCGUCAACUCUAUGGAAGGCCGAUGACCGCUUCAAGAAGGUCUACUUCGAAACUUAUCCAGGGUAUUACGACACGCAAGACGCGGGCUGGGUGAGCGCAGAGGGCGCCGUGUGGGUGGUGGCGCGCGCCGAUGACGUCAUCAACGUGGCCGGCCACCGGCUGUCAACGGCCGCGCUCGAGGACGUUGUACUCAAGCAUGCGCGCGUCGCCGAUGCCGUAGUUGUGGGCGCGCCGGAUCCUACCAAGGGCGAUGUCCCGUUGUGCUUGUACGUCAUGAGACCACCGCAAGAUGAUGAGGAGAUGGUAGAGGAAAGCGCAGUAACACAAGAGUUGAUAGCUCUCGUACGGCACCUAAUCGGGCCAAUCGCAUCAUUCCGGAAAGCGGUUGCAGUUCCCGCGCUACCCCGCACCAGGUCCGGCAAAGCACUACGAGGUGCUAUCGCGAAGCUCGCCAGGUCUCAGCUGGUUAGGCUACCACCGACUAUCGAAGAUGCCUCAGUUUUUAAGGAAAUCAAAACAGCUUUGCAGAAAUUUGGUUACGCGAUCGACGCACCUGAUCCUGAAAUUAGUACUUAAUGGAUUAUGGGGCGUAAAAAUUUACGAAUAUUAAAUGCGAAACUUUUUCUACCAAACAAGCUGUGACGUCAUCGGAUUAAGGUCUCGUGCCAUUGUGCAUGAAUUGUAAAAAGUAUUAGGUAAAUAUUCUGCUUGGUCUGGGCACUAAUAUUAGUUGUCUUUUGUAACAUUUUGAUUAGCUAAAUUGUGCAUUUAGACAUUGGAAUUUAUUAUAAAGGUCAGCUCAAUUAAUUAUUCAAGAGAACUUUUGUAUCGCCAGAAUAUUUAAUCAAAGGGUAAACGAAAACAAUCAUUUCUAAUUUUCACGAUUUCCGAAUUACUUUAAAAAAAUUAGCAUAGUAUUUUUUAUAUUUCCUAUUGUAAUGUGAAACAUAUUCUGCCAACACGACCAUACAACAUUUCUUUGGUCAUUAUAAGUUAAAAAUGGGAUUAGGCGAAAAUUGAAUAUAUUUAAAUUUUAAUUAAUGCAAGUAAAUGCAAACAUAUUGCCAAAAUAAGUUAUGGAACAUGCAGCAAGCAUCAACCUUUUAUUAUUUUUAUCUGUCGUAUUGUAGCCACAAGAGUGCUAUCGCAAAUUGCUGGUUCCGCCGGCAAGCAUCUUAAAAUUCAAUAAUGCUCUGAUGCUGUCCAAGUCCAAGAGAUAUGCUUGCUUCUUGUAUCUAUUAAAGUAACCAAAUAGUGUUUGUAUUUCAGGAAAUAAUCGAUUUUAGCUGAAUUUUAAACAAACUUGUAAAUGUAAAUAAAUAUUAA